ACUCAAACCUACCGAUUAAAUAUCUUAGCGUGCACACUAAAACUUUACGACUUUAAUUAAUUAUUGAUUUCAUCUACCAAAACCAAACAAAAUCACAAGAAUUUCAUUUCAAGCUCAAACAGAUAAAAGUGAGGGAGAAAUUUAAGAAGAGAAAUGGCGGCAGCGAAAAUCUUGACGCUAGCGUGCUUUCGAAAUGAGGGUAGCAGAACAGAUUUAUCGGCGAGGCCACACUACCCAUCGAUGCCAAAAUACCCGAAAGGCGUUUCGACGAAAGAGAAGGAGAAGAUUGAAGGUUCUGAAUCUAAAGCUCUGUUUUCUGUAAUAGGAAUGACUUGUUCUGCUUGUGCUGGUUCAGUUGAGAAGGCGAUCAAGCGACUAUCGGGUAUUCGAGAAGCCGUUGUUGAUGUUUUGAAUAAUAGGGUUCAAGUCAUCUUUUAUCCCUCAUUUGUCAAUGAGGAGAAAAUCCGUGAAACCAUUGAGGAUGUUGGCUUUGAGGCUGCUUUGAUUCAAGACGAAAUUAGUGAAGGAAGCAAUCAAGUAUGCCGGGUACGCAUAAAGGGAAUGACUUGCACUACUUGUGCAAAUUCAGUUGAAACUAGUCUUCUUGGAGUUCAGGGUGUUAGAAAGGCUCAAGUUGCAUUAGCUACUGAAGAAGCAGAAAUUCAUUAUGAUCCAAAUUUAGUCAGUUAUAAUGAGCUGCUUAAAGCUGUAGAUGAUAGUGGAUUUGAAGCUGUACUUAUCAGCAGUGGAGAAGAUAUCAGCAAGGUGCAGCUAAAAGUUAAUGGUAUAAGCUUAGACGAUUCAUGGGAAACGGUUCAAUGCUCACUUGAGGCACUUCCUGGUGUCCAAACUGUAGACAUUGAUCAAAUUCUCCAGAAAAUCUCUCUUUCUUACAAGCCAGAUAUGACAGGACCUAGAAAUUUUAUUGAAGUGAUUGAGUCAAUUGGAUUGGGGCAUUUCAAGGCUAUGAUAUAUCCUGAAGAACGAGGAAGAGAUUUUCACAAACGCGAGCAAGUUGAGGAGUACUAUCGAUCAUUCCUGUGGAGUCUUAUCUUUACAACACCAGUAUUUCUGACCUCCAUGGUCUUCAUGUAUAUACCGGGUGUUAAACAUGUAUUUGAUACCAAAAUAGUGAAGAUGUUAACGGUUGGAGAAUUAGUAAGGUGGGUGUUAGCAACUCCUGUUCAAUUCAUUAUUGGUUGGAGAUUUUACUAUGGUUCGUACAAAGCAUUAAGGCAUGGUUCUGCUAACAUGGAUGUGUUGAUUGCCUUGGGAACAAAUGCAGCAUACUUCUAUUCAGUCUAUAUUGUGCUUCGAGCUGCAACGUCUAAAACCUUUGAGGGAACAGAUUUCUUUGAGACAAGCUCUAUGCUCAUUUGCUUUGUUCUUCUAGGGAAGUAUCUAGAGGUUUUGGCCAAGGGGAAAACAUCUGCAGCCAUUGCCAAACUCAUGGACUUGGCCCCUGAGACAGCGACACUACUGACCGUUGACACAGAUGGAAAUGUCAUAAACGAAAAAGAUAUAGAUGGCAGAUUGAUACAAAAGAAUGAUGUGCUCAAAGUUAUUCCAGGGGCGAAAGUAGCCUGUGAUGGUUUUGUGAUUUGGGGUCAGACUUAUGUGAACGAAAGCAUGAUUACAGGAGAAUCUCGGCCAGUUCCCAAGAGGAAGGGAGAUACGGUCAUAGGAGGGACAGUGAAUCAGAACGGGGUGUUACAUAUCAAGGCUACACGAGUUGGUUCAGCAAGUGCACUUUCUCAAAUUGUCCGUCUUGUUGAAUCAGCACAGAUGGCCAAAGCACCUGUACAGAAGCUUGCUGACCGUAUUUCCAAAUUUUUUGUGCCAUUGGUCAUAAUUCUCUCAAUUUCAACUUGGCUUGCAUGGUUCCUAGCUGGAAAAUUCAAUAGCUACCCAAAAUCUUGGAUACCCUCAUCUAUGGACAGCUUCCAGCUUGCACUACAAUUUGGCAUUUCUGUGAUGGUUAUAGCCUGCCCUUGUGCUCUAGGGUUGGCAACACCUACUGCGGUUAUGGUUGGUACUGGAAUUGGUGCAACUCAAGGUGUUCUCAUCAAAGGUGGUCAAGCUCUGGAAACUGCUCAUAAGGUGAAUUGCAUUGUAUUUGAUAAGACGGGGACUCUAACAGAAGGCAAACCUGUAGUUGUGAGCACACGCAUCUUAACACAAAUGGUACUUCAGGAGUUCUAUGAAUUGGUGGCUGCUGCUGAGAUCAAUAGUGAGCAUCCAUUAGCAAAGGCUGUGGUUGAGUAUGCCAAGAAAUUUGGAGAAGAUGAGGAAAACCACAUAUGGCCAGAAGCAAAGGACUUCGUUGCAAUCACUGGUCAUGGUGUGAAGGCCAUAAUCCGUAACAAAGAAAUUCUUGUAGGUAACAAGAGCUUGAUGUUGGACCAAGGAAUUGUCAUCCCUAUAGAGGCAGAGGAAUUGCUUGCUGAAGCAGAAGAUAUGGCUCAAACUGGUAUUCUAGUAUCAAUUGGUGGCACAAUGGCAGGGGUUAUAGCCAUUUCUGAUCCUUUGAAGCCAAGUGCACGAGAUGUCAUAUCUAUUCUUAAGUCUAUGAAUAUUAAGAGCAUUGUGGUGACUGGUGACAACAAAGGCACUGCAAACUCCAUUGCCAAACAAGUUGGAAUAGAGACUGUUAUUGCUGAAGCUAAACCUGAGCAGAAAGCAGAGAAAGUUAAGGAAUUACAGGCUGAAGGUUACAUAGUGGCAAUGGUUGGGGACGGAAUCAACGAUUCACCUGCAUUAGUAGCUGCUGAUGUUGGAAUGGCAAUCGGAGCAGGGACAGACAUAGCAAUCGAAGCAGCAGAUAUUGUUCUCAUGAAGAGCAAUUUAGAGGAUGUCAUAACAGCCAUUGAUCUUUCUCGGAAAACUUUCUCGAGGAUACGUUGGAACUAUAUAUGGGCUUUAGGCUACAAUGUGCUUGGUAUCCCAAUUGCUGCCGGAGCUUUGUUCCCUUCACUUAGGUUCCGGUUACCACCAUGGAUUGCAGGAGCUGCUAUGGCCGCCUCAUCAGUAAGUGUUGUUUGUUGGUCUCUGUUGUUGAAGAAUUACAAAAGACCUAAGAAGUUGGACACUCUUGAGGUUAGAGAAAUAAGGGUUGAAUGAUGUCAAUAGAGAACAAGAGGGGGUUGUCAAUAAAUGUAGAUAAUAUGAUGUUUUGAUGCAGUUGUGAUAUGUAAAUAAGGGUGGUGUAAGUGUGUAAUUUCUACUUUAGCAAUUUAUGCAAAAAUGUGAAUAGGUUUUAUUUAGGAUGAAAUUUUUUGUGGUACUUGCUUAAACAAUCAUGAAAAUUCUGCUUCUGUGAA